UAUCCAUCCUAACAUCCGUCGCCGUCUCGAUAUCUGUUAUUUCCGUCCUCGGCGCUCUCCUCCAUUCACCCGGCCGCCGUCGCCGCGUCCCCGAUCCGCCCGUCCGUCGCUGCUGCCCUGUCGUUGCAUCGGGAUCCGAGUCAUCCGUUGCCUCCAGUCCAAGCCCCCAUUUCUGCCCGUUCGUCGGCAGCAUGCUCAAGCCGCUCCGCCUAAUUCCAGCCUACUUUGCCCGGAUGCGAGCCUCGCAGGCCAUGCACAUAGCUUUGUCGGUGCUCACGGUCGGUGGGGCAUACGUCCUACGGUCGCUGCUGUUCCAGCUCUUGUUCGUGGGCUCCCUGAUGCUCUUGGCUUGGUACGGGGCGCCUUUUCUCAACCUCGCCAUGCAAGCCUAUCGGUCAGGGAGCCGUAGCCACCCCUUCUACAACUCCUCUGUUUUUGCGUCAAACCCAUCUAUGCAAAAGGCUGCGGCUUCCGCCAUUCGGCCCCUGCCCUUGGUUCUGUCCAAGAACUGGGAGACACAUCGGCUUGCCCGUCGACAGGAAUCGGCUGGCCUGGCCCGACGCAUUCUGUUUUCCAAGGACAAGCGCAUCCAGGAGAAGCUCGACAAGCUCGUCGAACUCGUCGUCCGGGACUUUGUCCGCUCCUGGUACACCGGCUACAUCAGCCCGGACGUUAGCUUCGUCGCCACGACCGAGAAGGCCCUCUCGACCACCCUCCACCAACUGAUCCUCCGGAUCGAAAAGGUCGACUCGGUGUCCUUCAUUCUCACCAAGAUCCUGCCUCUUGUUACUGCACACUUGGCCUCGUAUCCUCCAGCUUCGGCCGACCAGCGCGACAGCACCAGCGACUACGAGCGCGAGAUUGUUCGAGUCUAUCUUCGGAAUCGAGAGUCCAAGGCUCCUCUUCGAGGCACCCUUGCCCGCGACUUGGCCAAGGGCGCAGAGCUGGCGCACUUGAGGAAACUGGUUGGCCAAACCAUCCUGCCGGCAAUCUGUCCCGAGAACGAGCUCAAGAGCUCAACCAUGUCGCUGCUGAUUCGCGAGAUCCUGACUUGCCGGGUGCUCCAUCCCAUCAUCGAGCUCCUCGCCGAUCCGCUGUUCUGGGGGCAGUCGAUCGACGCACUGGCCGAUCGGAUGACCCAACAAAAACAGGAUAUCGAAUUCAACAUCCGCGAAGUUGUUGGCGACAACCAGGACCCAGAAGGCGAGAUGCCAGAGCAGCAACUUCGCAAGCCCGCUGAUGAAUCGCGCACAUCUAGGCAGAAGGACGCUGACGCAGCGACAAGGAGCUCACGUUUAAAAGAUGGUGCCGCGGCGCAGUCCGAGCCGCACCGGAAGGAUUUAUUACUCGAGGAGGACGAAGUCGGACCAGACCUGCGGCCAUCCGAGCCCAAGAGCAAACCGCGGCUUCCGUCACUGGGGCAGUGGAAAAUCGAGAUUUCGACACAUCCGAAUAGCAAGAGCCACCAUAAGACCAGGGACUCUGUGUCGUCUGUCGUUCCAACAUUCCGGACCUGCCUCGCCGAACCGCGACUUCUGAAACAGUUCAACGAGUAUCUCGCACAGGAGCGGCGGCUCGAUUAUUUGAACUUUUUUCUCGAUGUGGAGGCUUUGCGCAACCACCGUGCAGCUCUGUCGCCAAUCGAGUCCAAUGCACGUUCGCCCGAUCGAGCUUUCGGCUUCGAUCAGAUCGGUACGCCUGGACCUGCGGAGUGCUCCAUGGACCGCAGCGACACCGAACAGAGCUCCCGGGACCCGCAGUUGGAUCACGAAGAGUUGCAGAGGCUUUACCAGCGAUACUUUUCCUCGCUGGCGGAUGGGGCUUUGAUUCAGCUGUCCGAGCCGCAGCAGAGUGCCAGGAGUGAUAUCGAGGAGCUGCUCGCAAAGAAAGGCACAAUCACCGAGGAAGACGAGCAAGUGCUCUCUGUGCAUAUCAUGCGGCUCCUACGGAGGGCACAGGACGACGUUUGGAAAACCAUGGAGACCGACGACUUUCCAAAGUUUUUGAAAAGCACCUUCUUUUCCCCCACUGCCAACAACGGGGCUUCAAACAGCCGCCGACAGAAUUUUCGGGGAACAGGGUCGGCACAAAACGGCGCAGAAAGCGACCGAUCCAACCACAGCGGCGCCGAGGAUGAAGAAAACGACAAGUCCAUUCGCAAACGCGCGUCGAUCAUAACUGGGAUGUGGAAGAUAGCCAAGAAGAAACCGGUCACAACAGAGGCGUCGUCAGCAUCGCUGCUCACCAACGGCAGCACCUCCAGCGGCGUCUCGACGACCGACAAGGGACAGCACGGAAAUGGCAUCGCAAGUAUUUCGGGGUCUAUCCGCCGGCGGGCCGCGCAGCCAGAGCUUUCUCGCCCCGAUGGCGGCGACGACAGCGACACCGAGCCGCAACAGCGCCGAUCGAUCGACGGAGACGACGCUCGUGGGAACGACGAGGCCCAGCAAUCGGUGACAAAGAAGCGAAGCAAGAAGAGAAUUGUAGAGCCGUGGUUUAUCAGACGCGCGGACUCAGGCUCGAGCAAAAGUGGCCGCUUCUCCUCCAAAGAUGAGAAGCGCUACUUCUCCAGCAAUCAGAGCAUAUCCGAGCAGGAAGAAAACCCUGCUGCAGGACGGGGCGAGAGCUUUGUUGUGACCCGAAACAGCUGCCCAGGCCCGCCAUCUGCACACUCUGACAACGAACCGUUGGACGACGAGCCAGGAACAAGUGCUUCAGCUCGAAAGUUCAGACCCUCAAUGACGGUCAAAUACACCAAGACCAGCAGAGCCGUAGCCAAGGGUGACUUUUUGGAAAGCAUGUCGCAGCCGGUAGCCUUGAACACAAUCACAGACGCGGGAUCCAACGGCAGUGGCGAGGACUCUGGAUCAGAUAACGACCCAGAUACGGGCCUCGAGCGAGCCUGUCCAAAGCCUGCCCGUGGGUACGAGUCGGAUAUGUCUGCGGCACAUCUUUUUGACCUACCGGAUGACCACACGAAGGCGCCGUUCGAGGCAGUUGAGCCUGACGCCGAGGCGACCCCUGCGAUAGACAAUCUCCCAACGGCCGCGACUGCCUUGGCUCCUGGAUUAUCAACUGCGGUCACGACCGAAGCACCCGAAUCAGCAGCUACUUUAGCUUCUACCGCUGUUGCACCGGCUCCUGUUGCGCCGCCCUUGAUCCCUUCAGCAAGCACCGCCGUCGUGUCUACUCAGGCUGCUCCACAGACUAUUGCGGCGACCUCGGCGAUCUCGGCGGCUACGGCAUCGACGACAGGCGCUAUGGGCCUUGUCCCAGUAGCCAGCAGCACCACAACAGUCCCUGCCGCACUGGCAGCACCUUUGAUGGUUCCAACAACCUCGACUGGUGCCUCAGCCGCGGCGCCGCUUCCCGAUCUCGGAUCCAAGGCCAUCACCAUCGACACGACAACACAGCGGAGUGUGAACCCAUCGACGAUUCCCGCGGAGCAGCUUCUCGAACAGAUCAACACCCGCUCCGAGUCGCUAGCCCAGCUCAAGAUCGAGAUCGGUGAAUACCAGAACCAGAUCAAGGCGGCCCAGGCAGAACACUGUCCGAUCGAGGAGCUGCGCAAACUCAGGCUCAUUUUGAUCGGGCUUGAGGUCGAGUACAAGCGAAUGGAACAGGAGAAAAACCAGCUGCUGAAGGCCGAGCUCGAGCAGUUCAUGUGUCCGGGGACUAUCGCUGUGCAGAGCGUGGUUGAGCGCGCCCAAGGAGAAGAUGCGGAACGCAGAGAAAACAUCACCUACGACGUCGAAGUCCGGAGACUGGCGCAGCAUGCCGUGACCUUCACCAGCAGCGCGGCAUGGAUUCUGCGCAAGCGAUACUCGGAUUUCAACAAGCUGCACAACUACAUGCGCAUCAAGUUUCCGCACGUCGUCUCUGGGCUUGAAUUUCCUUCGAAGCUGGCGAUCACCAAGACCCAGCGCGGCGAAAACAGGAGGAUCGGGCUGGAGAAGUAUAUUCAGGGUCUUCUCCGGAACAGUGAAGUGUGCAAGGACGUCGAGAUCUGGAAGUUCUUUGGAAAUCAGGAGAUCGCCAAGGUGUUCUCAGAAGCAUACGAGAACGGCGUGCUCACUGCAGACCAGCCCCCGUCUCCAACCAAACGCAUGAUGAAUCGGUUCCUCAACACAGAUCAGAUCGAUAAGCUGCUCAAAUUCCGUCCAUUUGGGUCCGAGGGUGGUCCGCUUCCGUUUCCCAUGGCCGACCUCUUCAAGGGCGAUGGCGCGGCAUCCGCACCAAGUGCGGCCAUGACCUUGGCCGGCAUCGGCUCCGAUCUGUCCAACGGAAGUGCUGCUCCAGCCGGCGCCAGCAGCGUCGCCGUCUCGGACUCGAUCUUGCAGAUCUUCAUGGAGCUUUUCGAACUCAACAAGCACAGCUGGCUGCGGAAGACGGCUCUUAACACUGUGAUGCAACCGCUCUUUGGAGGAGCCCUGGAGCGGCGGGCCGUCGAUGGCCUCAGGUACCUACUCAACGACGACAGCAUCGCCUACUACUUGGACUACAUCCUGUCCUCUCUGUGGCCGGAACUGGGUCCCAAGCCUUCGGCUACGGGGCAACCUGGCGCCACGGCUACCACGAUGGGCACGGCCUCGCUGCCGUCGGCCGAAGCGGCAAACUCGCAUCUCACAAGCGUCCCUCAAGGCAGCACCGCAAAAGAGUUUUUCAAACCACCCGCCUUCACUAACCCAGGCGCGGAGGCAGCCGGUGGGCCCUUUGCCUGGGAGGCGCUAUCACCGUCCACCUCUGGCCAGGGAAACAGUGAUCUCUCCGACUCGGGACUGGAGCGCUUGCCGAGGCUCCCGUUGCCACAAAGCCCUACCGACAUUGUCUCUCCUGGGCAGCACUGGGGUGAGUUCAGUGACCUCGCUGCGGGGGAGCUGAGUCCGUGCCCCAUCACAAGCUCAUCCGAAGCCGGGCAGCCCCAGAGCCUCGCCAUCCCGCAGCAGCCGCAACAGCCACAGCUGGUUGUCCCGAUGCUAGUCUCGCCCUCUAUGCAGCGCUCACAGCAAGGCUCGGGAUCGUCUCCUCAAUCCGCGCCGCCUCCAACCCAACGAGCCACUACUCGAGCCGGGUCGCCCACCCCCGCCAUAUCGCCCACGAGUCCGAGUCCGCGCUCAAACUUGCCCGAUACGUUUCCCUUGGAGCAAACCGGACCUGCCCACGACCGCACCCCAGCGGCCGAGCAGGAUUCGCAGACACGAGUCUUUGCCGAUGCCCGGGUCAAGCUCGAGACAGUGCUUCCCGAUUUGUUCACCAUCAUUGUGGGCCGGCAGAAUGCCAAGCGGGGCGCCUCUCGAGUCUGUCACAUAUUUCACAAUCGGCGGCUCAACCUGAUUCUAUGUAUGGAGAUCCUUGAGGCCAUCGUGGUAGAGCUGUUCCAGAGCAACGACGAGAAGACGAGCCCGACAAAGUAGAAACACAGUCGGUGCACGGUGACUGCCACGGCGCGGAAUAUACUUUUUCUGUAGAGCACCCAAAGCUGUUGGUGCUCAUCCCGCGAGGUCUACCCGUACUCACUGCUCAGAGUUGGGGGGGGGAGAGUGACCAGUCGGCGCUGAAGGAUGGCAAAAGGUGCUCGAUGCUGAGAUUCAGGUCGUCGACGACAAGGUCAAGUAUCGAGUUGGUCAUCCAUCCACUAUAUUCUCGGGACACCAGAGCUAUUACAGGCAAUCCAAUAAAAAACGGGACAUCCGGG